AUCCUAGGAUCGCGAGGAACUUGAAGCACUUCAAGGAAGGUCGUAUAUAUUAUCAGAUUUCUCCGCUCUUAUGUCUCGUCCAAGUCCAUUUUUAUUCAUAAUGUCUUUCUUUCACAUGGGACUUAUGCCAAGCGGCGAGAAUUCGCGCGCCAUUACCGAUGUAAAUAACAAAUACCACAAAGUGAGUUCUCUUCUCAAAGCUCGCGACGACCCAUUUCAAUAUUCGCUUUUGUAAAAUUCUCAGAAUAUUCAGCAAAUGCAAAAUAAUAUAACACGAUUUUUCUAAUGCAAAUAAUUUCGAAGGUAAUGAUUUCUAUUCGAAACGCACGCGCGGAGGUAUACUAAACGAAGUUGAAGCGAUGUUAAAUUUUCACAAAUAUAUUAAUCGGUAGCAAAUAUAUUAAUUUGUAAAUAUAAUAAAAGUAUAAGAAUUUUUUUCCAUAUAAUUAUAUUGUGAUUAUAUUAUUUAUUAUAAAAUGAAAAUUUAAAUGUUCUUAAUAUAAAGAUGGAAUAUAUUACUUCGGAGGAAAAUCUCUCUCGUGCAAAUUUUUCGUGCAGCCGCGUUCCCUUUGGGUACACUUCAUAACUUCAUAAUUUCGUUCAAAUGUAAAACGAAAUUAAUUAUUCGAUUGGAGGGAAUAUUAAUAUAAUCGAUAAACACAUCGUGUGUUUAUUAGUGUGCUAAUUAGAACGUUAAAAAUACACACGCUUUACAUUACAUGCCCGUUACCAACUGAACGCACACGGUUCGUUCGUACGAGAAGAGAAUCACGUGGGAGAUAUUUUUUUUCGUUCAAGAGAGUGAGAGAAAGAAAGUUUGACGUUUCAACAGACGCGCAGAGAUCGAGAGAAGAAAAUAAAGUGAGACGCGGAUCGAUAAAAAAAAAAAACGCACGAUGGUGACGGGAAACGUGACGACGACGACGACGAUGAUGGUGUGACCUCACGGGACACCGGAUAUAGAGGGAAUAGGAAGCGCGGAAAAAGGAGCCGCCGCUUGCCGUCUUGUUGGAUCCUCGACAAUUUAGGCGGCGGCAGGAUCAAAGGUCAUGGCGACCCCACCGGACUCGCCAGGACCGGAAGAGGCGUUCUUCGAGUUCGAGAGCACGAGGGCGAGGCAUCAGACCACCAGGCCGGUGCCUAUCGAGGAGCUUCUACGACAGACCAAGUUCUCUCGCCAGGAGAUCCGAGUCAUGUAUCGCGGCUUCAAACAGGAGUGUCCCGAGGGAGUGGUGCACGAGGACUCGUUCAAGGACAUUUAUGCGAAAUUCUUCCCGCACGGCAACUCCAGUCCCUACGCCCACUACGUGUUCAAGGCCUUCGACGUUAAUUGCAACGGGGCCAUCAGCUUCAGGGAUCUUCUCGUGACACUGUCGACCUUGCUGCGGGGCAGCAUUUAUGAAAAAUUGAGAUGGACCUUCAAACUAUACGAUAUAAAUGGCGACGGCUGUAUCACCAGGGGCGAGUUGGGCGAAGUCGUGACGGCAGUCCACGAACUCAUGGGUAGGCGACAUCAAGCCGAGGAGGAGAGGAAGGCGAGGGAGCAGCUGGACAGGGUCUUCAAGAAACUCGAUCUCAACCAGGACGGUGUUAUCACGAUCGAGGAAUUUAUCGAAAGUUGUUUGAAGGACGACGUGAUCACACGAUCGCUGGCGAUGUUCGAUUGCGCGCUUUGAUCUCCGGCUAAGGACGAGCCUCCAGCAACAACGGUUAGCAACACGACACCGCCGACGCCGCUCUCGACGACAACGUUCUCGCAAUCCCUGUCCCCGUCGCCGCCACCGCCGUCCUAUUCCCUGCUGCCGCCUAUCCCGCCGCCCUUGCCCUCUCAACCGCCACCCGGGUACACCGUCCAGGAUCAGGAGCUCUAUCUGCUCCUAGCUGCUCACUGGUGGAACCAACCGGAGGCGCCGCUCUUUUGUUGAAGGGCAACGCGAUAACACGGCUCCUUAUGACAUAGAAUAACAAUCGAGGUCUAAGUCUGUGGAAUCGGAGAAUGAGCAUAUUGUUAUCCCUUUGUUCUAAAACAUCGCAGUAUGAGAAUACGAAGCAAAAUGUUAUCUUCAUCCUCGCAGAUCGACGGAAGUUUAGGGGCUCAAGAAAGCCGCUUCGAAGACAACACACGAGAUAAGACUGCCGCUUUAUCAUUGCGACAAUCUUGUGGAGAAAUGCAACGAUUCUGCGACGACGAGAUUCCGGAUUUGUAAUAGUUUGGCAAUCGACAUUUGGCGUCAAUUUUUGGCAAGAAUCAAGCGGAAUUAUGCAAUCUACGAAGUUAUCUUCGAUCCAAGGUCAUAUAACUGACAUUAAUAAAUGAGAUAAGUACCUGGGCUCUCUUCCAUUGCGAUCUCAUAAUCAGAUACGAAGAAUGGUGUUUAAAGAGGAUAAUCUCGAAAAUAAUAAAAAGAUAUCGCGCGAAAGCUCAAAUAAGAUACGCGCGAUCCCUUUCUAUGUCUUGUCACGAGCAGAUUCUGCUAUCGAAAAAUCUGUUAUCGCGGAUCUGCCAAAUCGUAAUGUUGUGGAAUCUCGGGACGAUGGCGAUAAAAACGGCGGUAAAGUUCAAUGCGUGGUUAUAGCACGAAAACGAGAAUCAUAAAUCGCUACAAAUGUCAAAAAGAAUAUUUGUAGAACAUCUGGAAAAUAUCGCAUUCAAUGUCUUGAAUAACAUUCGUGUUAUCUGUACAAUUCUGCUCGUACGAUAGGUGUUAAACACAAAAAUUAACGAAUCGAUUGCGUGACUUUGCGUUGCUGAAAACGACGCGUCCUCGUGAUCACGCGAUUCAAUCUUAAAUACGCGUUUCCUCUCGUUUCAUACUUAAAUAUAUUCUCUCUCAAUGCUUCACGUGAUCGCGCUAUAUAAAAUCUCUUGCAUCGAGAAAUUAACAUGAAUCCUAUUGUAGAUUGCUUUAAGUUAAAAAAAAAAAAUUAUAUGUAAACAAAUUUUAUACAUAAAUUAUCUUUUUUGCCGAAUUUAUUUCAUUAAUUUUAAAACUCUAAUAUUUAUUUAUUUGUUCCAACAUCCCGUGUAAUAUCCGUCAAUUUUUUUAUAUUCUCCCCAGUUUUGUAACUUCAUCAUGAUCGCGUGGUCGCGGCGAUUAUAUGUCGUGAAUAGCAAUUGCGAGGCACGGCAUAUUGAUUAUAGUUUCGACGUGAUGACAUGAUGCCGAUUUUCCUUGAUUAGAUCGUUAAUCGCACGAUCGUUGACGAUCAUAAAUAUCACACGUACGUAUUUUUCGUCAGUAGGUUCGUAGAUUGAUACUUCAUUAUGCGUCCUUUUUUAGAUUCGAUUUCUGAUGAGCCACGCGCAAGCGUUCAAUAUUUAUUCAAAUAAUACGAAUUUUUCAUACACCUAAUUCUUAUAAAAUAACACAAAUUUAUAUCGCGAUUGAUAUAUAUUUUUGUUUAUUAAUAGAAAUUGUUAAUACAAUCUCACUUUUUAUACACUUAGCUUUUUCGACUUGUCGCGACAAAAUAUUACCACAAUAUUAAAGUGGUUUUUUUUUUUUUUUAUCAAACAGUACAUCUUCGAUUUUAUCAGUUUUUCUCUCGAUACUUUUCUUGCGGUAAUUGCGAUAUUUAUCGCAUUCAAUCAUAACGGUACUGAAACAGUGACGAGAAAUAUUGAUCGCUUGCGGACUCCUUAUAAGCGUCCAUAGUGUGUAUCAUGUAGGUGUACGUGCGUGAGAAGCAUCGAUUUUCUAAUAUAUCCAUUAUUGCAAAUCGUAGGCGUGCGAGCGUGCGAGCAAAUGUCAGACUAGCGAGUAGCAGCCCGAGUGGCAAUUAUUAAUUAUCAAAAUCGAUUACAAUGAAACACCAAAAGAGCUACUACUAUAGUUAGCUGUUAUUUAAGUAAACAGAUAUAAUAAUAUAGUGCGAUUUAUAUAGUUAAGAUAAAUUCGCAAUUAAAAAAGAGAGACAAAAGAGAAAAAGAAGAAAACGCGGUCGUCGAAUAAUUGGCGUUUACGAUCGUACAUUGGAAAAAUUGCAUUAUUUUCCAGAAAACACUAUCAAUACGCUCUAUAUAACACAUAUACGCAAUUACAUGUACCUUUUUCAAAUAAAUCCUACAUCCCCGUUGUUUCGUAUCAGGCAGAUACGGAUCGUCGUUGAUCGUCGUUGCAAUUUGAUCGUUCGUGAUUCAUCGAGUUCGCGCGCGUCAAGUGUAUUUAAUCACUUAAGUCUGCUCUCCAGGAGAAGAUCUCGUUACUGAGUGAAGAGGUGAGCACCUUUGGCUGCAAACUAGCUUUCACGAGAAUCAAGAAUAAGCGAGCGUUGCUAAGCUACGUCUGCUAAGCGUCUCUAUAACAACGAUUAAUAAUGACGAAAUCACCGUUUCCAAACGAGCGCAAUAACAUUACUAAAUUUAUGAUAGAUCCAUAUAAUACAGGGAUUCGCGUAUGUACAAUAUACUCUUCUUUUUUUCUCUUUAGGAUCUCUUGCAAUUCUCUUUACACACGAUUCUCCUAUAUACUUUUACAUAUAUUAUAUACCCGAUACCGCAUUUCGAGUCCGCGAUCAUAUUCAGCGGAGAGUAAAAAACUAUACGAUCAUCAAACGUCAGAAAACUAUACGAUCAUCAAAUGUCAGAAAACCAAACUUGGCAUAAAGAUAUACGUACACUACCGGUCAUUAAUUUGUAAACGCUUACAGAAAAAUUGCGAAUAAUGGGCGAUCUUCCAGGCAAGAACGUGCAAUGUUCAUCCAUCAGAAAAGAAUCACUUAAUAUAUAAAAUAAAUCAAGUACAAUGCUUUUAUAUCGGAAAUUUGAUACUCUGUGAGCAUUGUCACAUUAAUGACCGCUACAUAAACUUGAAUGAUACGAUUGAUUGAAUUGAAAUCUAUUAGCAUUUAAUGCUAUAUCAAUGCAUGCGAUCAACAACAAAACUGCUGCAAUUAAUGCCAGGAUAACUGGUCGAGCACUGACAGAUUUAUAUUUCUUAGGAUAUACGAAUGUAUACUAUAUUUUCGAAUUUAGAGCGGUUAAUGUAAUCUUGCUGAUAAUGCCCGGACAUCAAUGCGAAAAUGACAUCAAUCGAAUGAGGGAUAAGAUCAUGUUGUUCGUUCCAUCUCGAAGAUACCGAUAUACAUAUUUAUUAUAUAUAUCUUCCUACGGUCUCUUGUUGAUGUAAAUUUAUACAUAUAUUGCGUUAGCGCUACGAAGAUAUGUAUAGUCAAAGACAUUUUUCGGAAAUACCUACACUUAUGUUAAAUCUGCCAGCACAUUAAUCAAUUGUGCGCUGUAAAAUUUGUUACGUAAUUUGAGAAUCUUGGUAAAACUACAAACCUCAUUUUGAAACUUUGAGCCGAACUUUUCGAGCGGACUUUUGCUAUUAUUCGCACACUAUUCCAAAUUUAAUUGAAUCGCGCAAGCAUAAACAUCGGGAUAAAUUGACACUUCCCUUUGCUUUUGUACGUAUUUCGAAGUGAAAGAAUAUAAUAUAAUAUCCUAUAUGCCCAUAAAUUGUACAAACACGGAAUACCGUAUAUUUUUUAUAAAGUUUUGUUAUUUUUCGCGCGUGAGGCACGAAGCGAUAUUCGAGCUCUCUAAAAGCAUUUCUAUUGCGCAUUUAUUGCGUGUGAUAAUCAAUUUUGCAAUCUGAUGAAAAAAAGAAAGAUAAAAACACAAAUUCUUUCCUAAAAAAAUAUUUGUAAAGCAUAAAAAUAAUGAGACAAUUGCUACUAUUGCCCACAUAAACGUUGAUAUGCACAGAUAUGCGAUUUUUAUUUGAAUACAAUUGAUAUUUCGCGUUGCUUAAUAUUUAAUAAUUAAUAUCAAAAAGAGACACCUCUCUCUUUCUCUCUCUUUAUAAACUAUGAACCAAGAGAGACAAAACAUUACAUACACAAAGCAGAAUAUUUGAAAUAUGCUGGCUUCCAAAUGAUGUAUCCGACAUUAUACGUAUUUACAAGAUGUUAUAAAUUGUCGAGAUAAAUUGUCACAAUGUUGCCUGAAAGAUAAAAAUUAAUGAUACCACGCGCUGGAUAUACGUUAACGGUAAAUUAUUAGAAGUAAUUAGAAACUUUCGGUUAAAGAUAAUUUUGCUUCUUACUUUUAAAUAUAUCACACAGUAUAAAUUUUUCUUAUAUAUACAUAUUCUCUCUUUUUUAUAUUAUACUCUUUAGUUCUCAAUUGCGAUAGAACAAUAUUGCAUGUGUAUGAAAAAAUUCUGAAUCUAUUAUGUUAGAUCAAUUUAAGAAAAUAUAUGGAUUAGACAGCGAAGUAACAUGUAAGUUACCUGCAGAAGCGACAGAAAAAUAUAACUCCAGGAAAUUUUGCCGCGAUACUAAUUCGUUCCCGAAUAUCGUUAAAAUAUUUCAUUAAGAUAAUGUCAUAUCACCGAAGGCGUGCGUCUUAACAAAGAUGCGUCAAACGUAAAUAUAUCUUUAAUUAAUAAAUAGCUGAUUUUUAAUUUGGAGGGUACGUUUGAGAUUGGCCUUCGAUUGUCGGGAACGGUUGGCCAAUGAACGGAGGCGGUUCUACGUAGCAAACUGAAUGCGAUAAUCCUCUGAAAGACGAUACAAAAAUGGAAAAAAAGAGAAGAGCUAACUGAAAAGCAACCUAGUCAAUUCAUUACUUUUAGAUUAAUCGUACGAUUAUAAAACUCUUGCGUGACUUUAAACUUAAACUUAAAUUGUCAAAAUAUUAUAUUAUGAUUAGACAUUAUCAAUUACUAAGCGAGGGACACUUAGCAAGCGCGGAACGGUCAUCAGUCUUCAUCCCGUAAACGUGCGAUAGUCACACAUAAAUGUGCAUAAAAUAGUCAACAAGAUUUGCGGAGCCAUCCAUAUUCGAGUAAAUUAUUUCGACUUUCGAAUCUUUAUACAUUGAUCAUUAUGCCAGUUAAUUAAACAUGCAUGUAUCUCUAUUAUUAUAGUGUAUAUAUAUAUAUAUAUAUAUAUAUAUAUAUAUAUAUAUAUAUAUAUAUAUAUAGUACAUAUAUAUGAUUAUAUUAUUAUUAUUCUAUAACACGAUAUUAUCUCUCUGCAAUCUAAUUAUACUCUGUUAAUAAAUUAGUUUGAAUGAAUAAAAUUUAAAUACUUUAUAAAUUUUAAAUUGUCUGAUUGCAUUAUCUUAAAGUGUUUUCUAAUAUUUGUAAUAAUUUUUAUCGAUGUGCAGGAACAAUGAAAAGAAGUUUUCAUUUUGAUUCGAAUGUAGAAAUACAUUGGAACUCGAAAUAUCUAGAUAGCUCCCGAAUAAUAGACUAAUAUUGCUCGUGAAAAGAAUGUCACAGUUUAUUACAAUAGUUAAAAUCGUUACGUAAUAUCACUGGUUAUAUAUUAGAAAUGAUACAAUUGUUAAGCUUGGAAGCACUUUUUUAUGGUGAAGUCUCACAGUUAGAAAUUUAUGAUCGAUAGUGAUAAUACAGAAUACGUUAUACUACAUAGCGAUUAUGCAGAAUGCGUUAAUUAUAUUGUCUCAUACUGCCAACUGUAAAUCAUCAUAUGUAGUUUCUAAUUAAUGACAUCGAUAGGUAAUCUCUAGUUAAAGAUUAUGAGCGUAGGAGUGGGUGAUUUCUUUCGGAACACUUUAACGAAUCGUCGAAAUCUUUGCUAUCUUAGCUGUCAAUGCUUCAUUUUUACUUAAAGCAAUUGUAAUUUUCCAUAUACAUACAAACAGCAUGCGCAGCUUUUAUUUUCGCGAGAUUAUUUUUGCGAGAAAAUUAAAAUUGCUUUCUCUUAGGAGGAAAUUUUUCUUACGAGGACUUUUGAAAAAUAUUUAAUUAGAUUAUAUCUCUCUUUAUAUCCUUUUUUUUAGUUUUGAUUGAAUACAUUUUGAGAAGAAAAUUUGCAUUUUAAAAAGCCCUCAUAAAUACUUUGUAAGUUACGAUCGUCUUAGUAAUUUUUGAGAUAUAUAAAAAGGCCGAUUAGAAAUUAUUAUAAUCACCAUUGUGAUAGUAAUAGGUUUUAGUAUAAUACAAAAGACGAUAAUUCGACGAUUGCAGCGCUUUAGUUUUAACUUUAGUUUUAGAAACGAGGAGCAAACAUCAAAUUAUGUCACGCACAAGGCCCAAAAUUAAAGACCGAUGUAACAAACUAUUCACUGCUUUUAAAUAAGAAAAUAAGUCACCAAUAAAAAGAGAUAUAUAUUUAACGUAAUUAUUCGCAUUUGAAAAAGACAUUAAUCGAAAGCUAAUGAUAUUCAUAAUUUUCUCCAUUAAAUGUUAUGAAGAAAUUCUAACUUUUUAUGUGUGUUACUUAUAUAUAUUUUUUAAUUUACGAAUAUAUAUACAUACAUAUAAAUUAACUAUUUUACCAUUUUUAAAUAACUCUUGUUUAAUCAACACAAAUUCUGCAGAUUUGACAAAUGUCAGCAGUGUAUAACGCCAAUCAUUUUUAUUGGAUUUGUCCAACUCUUGCAAAGCGUGAUUAAAUUCGUCACACAAAUCAACUACUCGUUUGACGUAGACGCGUAAUACUGGACAUGUGCAAAUCACGGCUACAGCUUAAUUACUUUACCGGUAUAAACUCGUUGGAAGUUUCCGAUUGUUCUGGCGCGUAAAAUCGAUUCAUUUCCAAUCAAAUUCUAACGGAUAGAGGCGAAGAGUGUUCCUGUGUUAUCAUUCUAAUUAUAUCUUAAAGCGAUAUUUUAUAGAUAUCUUAUAGAAACAGCGAUAAAAAAAAAGAUUGCAAUAAGCGAGAUAUCAUUGUAUUGUUAGCCAUUUUCCACACGGGUGGUAAUAUCAAUAAAUGUUAAAUAUAUCAAAUUAAA